AGGCAGAUGUCUAACUUUAUUUUCCCUUGGCUUUCUUUUCACUUCCCUAGUUACAUACAAUUCCCUCCAACUAUGUGACCCACACAACAACUCCAAAGGAGUUUCCAUUUUGCUCUUAAGGAAACUAGGGCAGAGAGGUAACUCAUCACAUUUAAAAUCACACAGCCAUUAAUUUACAUAGUCAAGGUUCAAACCCAGAUCUUUUCAUGCAAAGUCCUGUUCUCUCAUACUCCAAGUAUGGUCCAGGGAUGGGUAGCAUUGGCAAUACCUGAGAGCCUGUUAGAAAUGUAGAGUCACGGGCCCCAUCCCAUACCUACCAAAUCAGAAUCCGCAUUUCUGUUAGGUUGGAGAAGUACUGCAGGGUGUAGUGUUUCCCCAGACUUAGGCCACAUCAGAGUCACCUAGGGCAUCUGUUGAGCUCCAUCUCUCCUCAAUAUUUUAACUCAGUAGGUCUGGACUGAAGACCAGGAAUCUGCAUUUUAACAAGCAUCCCAGCUCAUAAAUGCAUAUAUGCAGGUGGCCCCAUGGAUCACACUUGAGAAAUGCUCUAAAACAACUAAGAAAUAUUCCUAAGCUACAAUCAAGGACACAAAAGGUGAUUAUUUCCCCCAAUCUCAACUUAGAUAAGUGAGUGUCCUUUUAACCUAGAAAAGAAACAGGCCGGGGGCGGUGGCUCACGCCUAUAAUCCCAACACUUUGGGAGACCAAGGCAGGCGGAUCAUCUGAGGUCAGGAGUUCAAGACCAGCCUUACCAAUAUGGUGAAACCCCGUCUCUACUAAAAAUACAAAAAUUAGCCGGCAUGGUGGUGAGCGCCUGUAGUCCCAGCUACUCAGGAGGCUGAGACAGGAAAAUUGCUUGAACCCGGGAAGCGGAGGUUGCAGUGAGCCGAGAUCAUGCCACUGCACUCCAGCCUGGGCGACAGAGCGAGACUCCAUCUCAGAAAACAACAACAACAACAAAAAAAAAACAGCUAGGAGGUGACAAUGACUCACAUGUCAAUAUGUGGAAAUAAAGUUGUAAUAAUGAGGAUAAUGUAAUAAUGAGAGUAAUGACUAAAUUUUCGGCUUUACAGAAAAACAAAUAAAGAAAACUAAGGGGAAAAGGCCUUUAGUUGAUCCAGAAUUUAGUGAGGGCAAUGUGGAGAAGUAGGAGAAACAGCUACUCAAAUAGAUUCCAGUCCACUUCCCCUCCUUAAGAUUGUGUCAAUUAUGCCCGUGAGCCUGGGUCUCUUGGCCUGUAAAAUGGAGUCAUAACCACCCGCCCCCGGGAAGACAGAACCUGCCUGUCCACUUUCUGAACUUUUCAUCCCCAGUAUCGACGUCCAGAGGCCUGAAUGAGUAAACGUUCCAGGAGAUGGAGCAGCCUCCGGAGGCUCGCUUUGGGCAGCUCAGAUUUACCCGGAAGCCGAUGCCACCUGGCCAGAGGUGAGGCACCGGCAACCAGAAGGGGGAGCUGAGCAUGACCGGUCAGUGCCACCCGGCCGGGAAGAUACCAUCUUCCCGUCCAGUCCUCCAGAAUGACUCCGUCAUCAAUAAUUCAUUAAGAACCUCCUCUCAAUUGGCUGACGCCUUCAGCCCUCGCUGGCAGAGAUCCAAUCAGGAAGGACCUGAGAGAGCUCUUCUGAAUAGUGGGCGAGCGCGCGUGACGUAGCGGCCGAAGACUGGCUGUGGCAGCACAAGGCGGGGCCCGCCUCGGGCGGCGGCCAGCGCGGCCGGGGCGGCUCAGUGCGAGCCGGGGAGAGUCGAACCCGGAGCAGGGUCCCAGCCGAGCGUGGACUGGCGGCAGGAUGUUCAGCUGGAUGGGGCGGCAGGCGGGCGGGCGCGAACGCGCUGGCGGCGCGGACGCGGUGCAGACGGUGACGGGCGGGCUGCGCUCGCUCUACCUGCGCAAGGUGCUGCCGCUGGAGGAGGCGUACCGCUUCCACGAGUUCCACUCGCCUGCGCUGGAGGACGCCGACUUCGAGAACAAGCCCAUGAUCCUGCUGGUGGGCCAGUACAGCACCGGCAAGACCACCUUCAUCAGAUACCUACUGGAGCAGGAUUUCCCAGGCAUGAGGAUUGGUCCGGAGCCCACCACAGACUCCUUCAUCGCCGUGAUGUACGGAGAGACUGAGGGCAGCACCCCAGGGAAUGCUUUAGUCGUGGACCCCAAAAAGCCGUUUAGAAAGCUCAGUCGCUUUGGAAACGCUUUCCUGAAUCGAUUCAUGUGCUCACAGCUCCCCAAUCAGGUCCUGAAGAGCAUCAGCAUCAUCGACAGCCCCGGCAUCCUUUCUGGGGAGAAGCAGCGCAUCAGCCGAGGCUAUGACUUCUGCCAGGUCCUGCAGUGGUUUGCCGAGAGGGUGGACAGGAUCAUCCUGCUCUUUGAUGCUCACAAGCUGGACAUCUCAGAUGAAUUCUCAGAGGCCAUCAAGGCCUUCCGGGGCCAGGACGACAAGAUCCGUGUCGUGCUGAACAAGGCCGACCAAGUGGACACGCAGCAGCUGAUGCGGGUCUACGGGGCCCUCAUGUGGUCCCUAGGCAAGGUCAUCAACACACCCGAGGUACUGCGCGUCUACAUUGGCUCCUUCUGGGCGCAGCCCCUGCAGAACACGGACAACCGCCGGCUCUUCGAGGCUGAGGCCCAGGACCUCUUCAGAGACAUCCAGAGCCUCCCCCAGAAGGCAGCGGUGCGCAAGCUCAACGACCUCAUCAAGCGAGCGAGGCUGGCCAAGGUGCAUGCCUACAUCAUCAGCUACCUGAAGAAGGAGAUGCCAAGUGUAUUUGGAAAGGAAAACAAGAAGAGAGAGCUUAUCAGCAGGCUACCAGAAAUCUACAUUCAGCUACAGCGAGAAUACCAGAUUUCUGCAGGGGACUUCCCUGAGGUCAAGGCUAUGCAGGAACAGCUUGAGAACUAUGACUUCACCAAAUUCCACUCGCUGAAGCCCAAGCUGAUCGAGGCAGUGGACAACAUGCUGAGCAACAAGAUCUCGCCCCUCAUGAACCUCAUCAGCCAGGAGGAGAUGAGCACGCCCACGCAGCUGGUGCAGGGCGGCGCCUUCGAUGGCACCACCGAGGGCCCCUUCAACCAGGGCUACGGGGAGGGUGCUAAGGAGGGCGCCGACGAGGAGGAGUGGGUCGUGGCCAAAGACAAGCCCGUCUACGAUGAGCUCUUCUACACUCUGUCGCCCAUCGAUGGCAAGAUAUCAGGUGUCAACGCCAAGAAGGAGAUGGUGACCUCCAAGCUGCCCAACAGUGUCCUGGGCAAGAUCUGGAAGCUGGCCGACUGCGACUGCGAUGGCAUGCUUGAUGAGGAGGAGUUUGCGCUGGCCAAGCACCUCAUCAAGAUCAAGCUCGACGGCUACGAGCUGCCCAGCAGCCUGCCCCCCCACCUCGUGCCCCCCUCGCACAGGAAGUCCCUGCCCAAGGCCGACUGAGGGGUGGGCUGCAGAACGGGGCGGGAACUGGGGGACCUGGGCCUCAGGCCUGCUCCACCACUGACUCACUGAAUGACCUUGGGCAAGGCACUGCCCUCUCUGUGCCUUGGUUUCCCCAUCUGUAGAAUGGGGAGGGUGGACACUGGAAACUAGAUGACUUCUUUCACCUCCAAAAUUCCCUUAGUUUCUAUGAAAAUAUUGGGGGUAGGGGGGUGGGUUAGGAGAUUGAAGGGUUGAGAAGAAAGAGAAAUUGUCCAAAGAGUCCUCAGAACCUGCCUGGAGAAAUGCGCAUGGGGGUGGGCCUGGUAAGUCCCAGGAACCACAGGAAGUGAGCUAAGGCUCACCCAGAGCAGCUGGGUCUUCAGGCUGCCUGGGCUUUUUGUCCUCAUGAACAACUCUGGAGCAGCUGUCUGUCCCUCAGAGGGCACCUGGAGGCAGCAAAGAUUAUCUUAUUUAUUUUAUUUUGUUUUCUGCUAUAUUUAGAGUGGCAAAAAAAAAUAGAGCAGAGGGUUUCUGCUGUCUCCAGACUGUCUACCAAAGAGAAGGCGACAGAUGCCUCCUGGGUUUGGAAGGGGGAUGCACUGUGGAUCUGCCAUUCAUUCUGCAGUCUCCAGCAGAGCAGGCAGUCAGGCCCUAGCGUGCCUCCAUCCCAGUGCCCCGAUGACCAUCUGGUCAGCCCUCCCAGCCUCCCCUCCAGGGGGCUUGCCUAGCCAUAUUCGGCUAGGAAUUUGGAAUUCACAACCUUUAUUAACCCCUGGCAAAACUUCCCGUUUGCAUGUCAAAUCACAUUGAAGCCUGAAGAUUAGCUUUUCUUACCGGUUUUUCCAAUAAGUAAUAGCAAAACCCACUUAUCAUACUUGAACUACAGUAAAGAAAAGAGGUGGUUCUCUGCAGUGAUUGUUUAGUGUGGCCCUCAAACAUUAAGUAUCCCCACGUCUCCUUGGUGGGUGGCAGGAUUUAAAUUCAAUCAAAUCCUGUCCUAGUGUGUGCAGUGUCUUCGGCCCUGUGGACACAGGUGAAUGAGGGACCAGCCCUGCCCUGGGCUGUUGAGAAGAGAUCAGUCCACCCAGAGUUAGACAUUGUUUUUGUAGAAAACAGGCAUUUAUUAUGUCUAGGGUUUUUUUUUUUUUUUCUUACAGGAUAAAAGCCUUUAUACAGAAACAAAAUGGAACCUUUCAUAUAAAACCUUUUCUUUAAAGGCUGUGUGGUUCGUAUCAUGAAUGCCCAUCAGGAGGCAGGAUUCGGGCACAUACCUGUACUUCUGCUCCAGAGUGUGCGCUCCCCAAAUCCCCUGAGUAAACCCCUCUGGACUGCUGCUCAGACACCUGCGUCAGGUGGAGGUGCCUCCCCCUCUGUGGGCACCAGCUUGGGGAGGUAGGUGACUUUUCCUUGCAAAUCUCCCUGCCUCAUCUCCAGAAAAUUGCACACCUGCAUGGCCUUUCUGCAUUAUUUAUGCAGGAAGAGACACGAAACAGCAAUGGCCACAUGGUAUGGGGGCCUGCUGGCACCAGAAGUGAAUGAAAUCAGAACCGUCCCACUGAGUCUUCCAAAAGGCACAUAAUUUUUUUUUUCUGUCACCUGCCUUUGGUGACAGGGUCAAAGGCACAGAUUGAAGAGAAAAUCUUGAUUUGGGAGAAGCAUUUAUAUCCAGAUGCCUACGCCCACACUCCCUAGCUUACUUUCUACAUAAUUUAGUUUUAAGAGCAGGAAAUGCAUAACAUGGUUUUUAGUCUUAACAAGCACUUAAAUUCAUUAGACGCAUAGAAAAGAACCAUUUAUUAUUUUAUUAUUUUUAUUUUUAUUUUGAGAGGAAGUCUCUGUCACCAGGCUGGAGUGCAGUGGCGCGAUCUCAGUUCACUGCAAGCUCCGCCUCCCAGGUUCAGGUGAUUCCCCUGCCUCAGCCUCCCGAGUAGCUGGGACUACAGGCACCCGCCACCACGCCCGGCUAAUUUUUGUAUUUUAGUAGAGACGGGGUUUUACCAUGUUGGUCAAUAUGGUCUCGAUCUCCUGACCUCGUGAUCUACCCACCUCAGCCUCCCAAAGUGCUGUAACCUAAGCAGACAGUUCUGUGAAUGCGUGAGGACCACCUGAAGUCUGCAGCCACGGUGGAGGUCACCAAAGGGUGAACUGAGAAAGAGAAGAGGGAAUUCACUUGCCCAAAGGUUUAUAGAUGCCCAGGCAAGCUGAUUUUUCCAUCCAGAAUUAUCUUGUUCUUUAAUUCUCCUCAAUUGUCAUAUAUAAACAUGAAUUUAUAUACAUGUAUGUCA